AAUGGGAAACUGUAUUAUCUAUAAGCAUUGUCAAAUUUUGUAAUAUAAGUUGUUUACACGUCUUCAAUUGUCAAUGUCAUUAUCGUAUGUAAAUAGAAAAUUCACAAACAUAUUUUGCAUUUCAAAACGUAAUUAAAAUGGGGUAAAAUUAAUUAAAGUGCAAAUAACUUGUAGUUUAUUUAUAACCUUAAAUGCGUGCAAUAUGUCUAAUGUACAAAAAUUAAAAUAUUCCUUAGUAGAAAAUGAAAUAGAUGAGACUGAAACUGUAGAUUUCGAACCAAUGAAACGAAAAUUCUGUUCGCCGACCUGUGUUAAAGCAUCAAUAUUUACCUCAAUACUUAUAGGGGCCUAUUACAUCCCAUCCAUAGGUUUAACAUUUUAUCAACGAUGGUUCCUACAGACCUUUCAAUUUCCCUUAAUAACAGUUAUAGUACAUAUGUCAGUGAAGUUUUUGCUAUCUGUAUUAAUAAGGUUUAUUUUGGUGAGGCAAACAAAGAGGGAGAAUGCUGUUAUGGAAUGGAAAGAUCAUUUAUUACAAGUUGCCCCCACUGGCUUUUUUAGUGGGAUAGAUAUAGGAUUUUCUAAUUGGGGCCUUGAGCUCAUAACUAUAUCUCUGUACACAAUGACCAAAUCCACCACAAUAGUGUUCAUACUAUUUUUCUCUAUUUUAUUUAAAUUGGAAAAAAUGACAUGGUCAUUAUGCGGAAUUGUUGGAAUGAUUACAACAGGAUUGUUAUUGUUUACCUACAAAGCAACGCAAUUUAAUUUACUGGGAUUUUUGUUGUUGCUAUUGGCAUCAAUAUCCAGUGGCUUAAGGUGGACUUGCGUGCAGAUAUUGCUGCAGAAGUCCAAAUUGGGCAUGAAAAAUCCAGUUGAUAUGAUUUAUAAUAUGCAACCGUGGAUGAUUUUAUCUGUUCUGCCAUUUGCACUAUGGAUAGAAGGACCUAUAGUAGUUGAAAGCUUGAAUUCAAAAUUUGACUAUGCAGUUUUUGUGACAUUUAUUAUGAGAAUAUUGUUUGGUGCUUUUAUAGCCUUUUUUAUGGAAUUCAGUGAAGUGACUCUUGUAACAUAUACCUCAAGUUUAACAUUAUCUAUAGCUGGUAUUUUUAAGGAAGCAUUUAUUCUAGUCUUGGGCGUCAAAGUAAACGGCGACAUAAUGACCCCAAUCAACACAUUAGGACUGUUGGUGUGCCUUGGCGGCAUAGCCACCCAUGUGAUCCACAAGCUUCGAACGUCUACCGCUCGGCAGCACAGUCGGUUCGAGUUUGAGAAUGAUCGGCUCGAGCUGAACGAUAAACUAAUUUACGAGGAAGCGCUAAAAACCGACACGGACAGUGACGGCGAAAAGAGCGACUCUCAGGUUUUGUUCGACAUUUUAAAUAGACACGACAGGUGAUUUAAGUUAUAAAAGAGUAUUCAAGUCAAUUUGUUGGUAUUCAAGCCUCAAUUCGAUUAUUAUAUAUUGGAAUGGUUACUGCAUCAUUUAUAAUGUGUGAUAGAUUUUUAUAACCAUAGCACUAAGGUUACGAUGAUUUGUGUUUAAAAAACGCAUUUAUUUUUUACCUACUUUUAGAAUACCGUAUUUGGUCCAUUACAAAUAAAAUUUUCAAGCGUUAAUUUUAAGACUACUUUUAUUAACAUUCCUAUUUGACUUUUUU